AUGGUUUCCAUGGCUAAACGUAAUAAGCAAAACGGUAAGCGUUCAUUUGAAGCUGAAAAGAGUACUUUGCAAACUGCAAAGAAACCUAGAAUUUCAGUCGAUUCUUCCGAUGAAGAAUAUGAUGAACCGAUGAAGGCACCUUCUGAUCUAGGAUCUGAGGAUGAAGAUGAAUUGGAUGAAUUGGACGAUGUGGAUGAACAAGAAGCAGAUGGUUCUGAUCAAGAAGAAGGUGAAGGAGGUUUAGAAGAUAGCGAAGGUGAGGAAGAAGGUGAUGUGAAAGAGCAGGACAACGAUACUGAGGGCAAACACAAGGAACAAAGGAAAUUGUUAAGAGAGAGAAAACAAUCUAGAAAAGGUGGUACUCAAGUACAACAGAUUAAAAGCCUAUGGGAAAAGCUCCGUGUUAAAAAUGCUCCAAUUCCCAGAGCUGAACGUCAAGAGCUUUCUGACCAAGUUUGGGAAUUAUCCAAGGAUUGCAUAAGUGAUUUAGUUCUCAAGCACGAUGCAUCUCGUGUGGUGCAAACUCUAGUUAAAUACUCCUCGAAGGAGCGUCGUGAACAAAUUGUAGAUGCAUUAAAGGGUAAAUUCUACCUGUUGGCAACGUCUGCCUAUGGUAAAUAUCUUCUGGUUAAAUUGUUACACUAUGGAUCAAGAAAAUCGAGACAAACAAUUAUCGAUGAGUUACACGGUUGUUUAAGGAAAUUGAUGAGACAUCGUGAGGGUGCUUAUGUGGUGGAGGAUCUUUACGUACUUUAUGCAUCUAACGAACAGAAACAGCAGAUGAUCAGAGAGUUUUGGGGAUCUGAAUAUGCUGUAUUUAGGGAUGAUCAUCAAGGCUUAACCAUCGAAAAAGCAUGCGAAAGCAGUGUGGAAAAGAGAACUAUUAUUUCCAAAAAUUUACUCGGUACUAUUAGUGCUUCUGUGGAAAAGGGUUCCACAGGUUUCCAAAUCUUGCAUGCUGCUAUGAGGCAAUUUGUGCAUAUUGCCAACGAUAAAGAAAUCGAAGAAUUGAUAGAGAUUUUGCAUGAGUCAUUUGCAGAAUUGGUUCACACUCCCGAAGGUUCUGAAGUGGCUUGCACUUUAAUCGCAAGAACUAACGCUAAGGAGAGAAAACAAAUUAUAAGAUCAUUGAGAGACCAUACAGAGGCAUUGAUCAAAAACGAAUAUGGUACUGCAGCCUUCAUCACUUUACUAUUUUGUGUCGAUGAUACCGUCUUGGUUCAUAAGACUUUUGGACCUUCUAUAAGGGAGAACAUGAAGGAAUUUCUAGUGCACAAAUAUGGUAGAAGACCAUUCCUGUAUCUGCUUGUUGGGUUAGACAGCAAGUAUUUCAACCCUCAUGUCAUCGGGGAAUUUAACAAAUACAUCAAACUAUCAGAAGCUACUUCAAAAAAACCAUUCCUACAAAGAAGACAUGAAUUAUUGGGUAAAUUCGCUCCCGAAUUUCUUCAAACAGUGUUAGAGAACUAUUCAGGUAUUCUUUCUGAGAACUUAGGUUGCCAAUUUAUUUCAGAACUUUUGGUCAACGAUGAAGUUUAUGAAGUUUUGAAGGAGAAAGACCAACAGUUAUUCCAAGACGUAGUAGACAGUAUUGCUAUCACUUUCAAAGGUGACAUUACCGAAGAGGACCACCCUAUCCACCACCCAUUCUCCGUAAGAUUACUUAAGGCACUAAUACAAGGUGGUAAAUGGAAUAACAAGGAGAAAAGAUUUGAACCAUUGGAAAAGGUUCCAUGCUUGGGAGUAAAAUUUGCUCAAAAAUUUUACGACGAAAUUAUAGAUUCUUCCAAUUUAUUGGAUUGGAUUAACAAUCCUGAUAGCUCUUUCACCAUCGUGGCACUUUUCGAGUCUCUACUUGGUAAGAAAGAAGGCAAACAAUUCUUUGGCGACUUCAAGAAGAUUAAGAACAAAAUCCAAACGGAUGAUUCUAACAAGGGUGCUAACCUUCUCCUAAGACUUGUUAAGGAGAAGGGCGUUUAG